GCAUGCGUGAGUAAAACAUAAAACAUCACGAAUUAUCAGCUGAUAAGUAAAUAAUAAUGAAUACUUUUAUUUAUGUUUACAUUUGACAUUUGACAGAAGAAGAAUAAGGAAUUUCAUGUGUCAGUAGUUGUUUAAACAAAUUCAUUACACGAUGAUUGUGACUUUUGUUCAUUAUAAUGGGAGUUUCUUAAAAGUUUUUCAGUAUAAUUAAAUGUGUGCUGUCUAAAAAUUAUAGUGGGGGAAAACUAGAAAAUAAUCAACAAAAUAAAGUGCCGUUAAGUUUCUUUCGACUGCCACUGUUUUACGACCACGUAUACCUAUUCGGAAAUAGUUUAAAUAAAUCUAUAGAGUUAGACGCGUGCGUGGAGUUAAACACGUAGAAGACUUGGGGAAACUUUUACUUUUUAUCAUCAUCUUUUCUCCUACAAAUAUCCAGUUAAACCAGUGGUGACGAUAUUUUCGUAAGAAGACCACAACUUUCACGUGCACGUCCUGUUGUAAAAGCAGAAUUAUUUCUAAUGGUGUAUAAUCGAUGAUAUUUUAUUUUUUUAACCAGUGUUAUUGUUGCUACAAUGAUUUCUCUUGACAUUAUGUCAAAUUCUGUUUUUAUUCUCCUAUUAUUGUCAACUGUAGCACAAUCUAAUUAUUUCGGGACCAACACCGUCAAAAAUAAUCAGUGUUUUUGUCAGCUUGAAGGAUCCAUCGAUGACUGCAGUUGUGCAGUUGAUACAGUGGAUUAUUUCAAUAAUAUGAAAAUUUAUCCCAGGCUACAAAGUCUUCUUGUCAGGGAUUAUUUUCGAUUCUAUAAAGUCAAUUUAAAGCAAGUAUGUCCUUUUUGGGCAGAUGACAGCAAAUGUGCUAUUUUCCAUUGCCACGUUCAACCUUGUCAAGAUGAGGACAUUCCAGUUGGUUUAAAAGGUGAAAAUCCUCAUAAUGUUCAUUUGAACGAGAGUCCAGUUGAAAAAUAUAAAGCAGAAUCUCAAUUUACAAGUUGUCAACAGACGGCCAGAGAUCAUAAUGCUGAAUUAGGUUAUCUAAAUACAACAAUUAGUUCUGAAAAUUAUAAAGAAUUUGAACGAUGGAAAAAACAUGACAAUGCUCAAGAUAAUUUCUGUAUAAAGGAAGAGAAACCUGGAGAAUACGUUGAUUUGUUACUAAAUCCAGAGAGAUAUACAGGAUAUAAAGGACCGAGUGCACACAGAAUAUGGCGGAGUAUUUAUAUGGAAAAUUGUUUCAGGCCUGAAAAUUCGCCUCAUAUUUUUAUUCAAGCUUCGAAAAUCAAUGGAAUGUGCUUAGAAAAACGAGCAUUUUACAGAACAAUUUCGGGAUUGCAUGCAAGUAUCAAUAUUCACUUGUGUGCAAAGUCAUUAUUGUCAGCUCAAGGAAUAACAGUUGUCUCACCUGGUGGACGUUGGGGACGGAAUUUAAGAGAAUUACAAGAAAGAUUCUCGCCUGAAACAACUGGAGGCGAAGGGCCAAAUUGGCUCAAGAAUUUAUAUUUUCUCUAUUUACUUGAAUUGCGAGCUUUGGCAAAAGCUGCGCCUUAUUUGUACAGUGAAGAAUACUAUACCGGAAGUGAUGGAGAGGAUAAAGACACUAGACUCGCUGUUAAAGACAUUUUGAACGUUGUCGAAUCGUUUCCAAAUCACUUCAAUGAAAGUGUCAUGUUUAAUGGCGGCAUCAAGGCUCAAUUAUUAAAAGAAGAAUUUAGACAACACUUUAUAAAUAUCUCCCGUAUAAUGGAUUGUGUAGGUUGUGAAAAAUGUAAAUUAUGGGGUAAAUUGCAAGUGCAAGGAGUUGGAACGGCGCUCAAGAUUCUUUUCUCAGGAAAAUUCGAUAAAUGGGAACACACUGUGAAUGCUUACAAUAAAAGGCAUUUUUAUUUGGAGAGAAGCGAAAUUGUAGCUCUUUUUAACGGCUUUGGAAGAUUAUCAGAAAGCAUUUAUGAGUUAGAUCAGUUCCGACAAUUGAUGGGAACGAAGUACUGAAUUAGAAUCCAAAGGAAUUAAUAACAUUCUUUUACAGUACCAGUACAUCACAUUAGCUUUAAGUAUAGACUUUUCUAUUCAGAUAUUAACUGUUUUUAUUUUUUACAAUUUGAUACUUUUAUCAGUUUAAUGUAAAGUCGUAAAAAAAAGGAUCUACCAUGAAAUAGUUUUUUUUACUACUGCUACUGCGCUGUCUUUAAAUUCAAAAUUAUUUUGUCUUUAAUGCAGAGGAACUAUUUAAUUUUCAAUAGAUAUACAGAAAUUCAUUGUAUGGUUUAUUUUAUGUUUUUUUAUUUUAUAUUUUUGAAAU